GUUAUCUGCAUAGUAUUAUACUGUAUAAAAUAUGUGUUUCAUGUGCUAUGAUUUAUUUAUUGUUUUCAUCUUCGUCCUGAUUGGUGGAAACUCGGCUUGAUUUGAGUCGCUUAAUUGCACUGCUUGUUUUCUUCGGGCUUAGAAAUUCUCAGCUACUGGAGUUCCUUGUGGAAGGCAUAAUAUGAGUUUUGAGUUUUGUGCGCUAAUGUUGGUGUCCAUCUAGCAUAUUUGUAAAGGAUUUAUUGCACUUCUGUAAAAGGUUAUAAUGCUGAUGUGCGGGAACCCACGCAUGGUAGCUAUUUUAGGCACGACAGCUCAGUUGAUUCCUGGGUGGUAGAUUGUGUGCAAAUCAUAUGGCAUAGCCGCAUAGGUGGUAAAUAGUACAUAAGCUGCUAUUAACAAGAAGAUCUCUGACAGAUAAGAAAUGGAAAUGGAGCUGAAUAGCAUCAAAGAUGCUUUUGAUCGGGUGACAAAUAAUAAGAGGCUAUCGGCUUCUAAAUCUCAAGAAAUAAUAGAACAAGUUGGCCUAGAAAUAGAACAGGCUCUAAUCAGAUUACAGUCAGUUAAUGAUGCAUCACCAACCAAUCACAGGGUCGUCCUUACUGAGCUAAAGGCCAAGUUGAAGGAUAUUGCUCCAUUGACUCAUCUGGAAAGCACACAGAAAGAGCUAAACAUUGCAUUAAGCAAGUAUCUAAAGAUACUUGAAAAAUCCUUCAUUCCUGAUAUAUCAAAGGCCUACAGAAAUGUUGAUGGUGAUAUCCAUACGGUAAACCAGAUAAUUGCUAGUCAUUUCUAUCGCGAUGGCCUGUUUGAUAUUGGUGAUUGUUUUAUAGAUGAGUCAAUGGAACCAGAAGCUGCAGCCAGUAAGUCUCCUUUCUUGGAAAUAUACCGAAUCCUUGAAGCCAUGCGAUCUCGGAACCUGCAACCUGCUCUGAGUUGGGCUGCCGCAAACCAUGAGAAACUUGAGCAGAGUGGGUCUGAUAUCGAAAUGAAACUUCAUCGCCAACAUUUUGUGGAAAUUUUACAAAACAGAGGUAGAGACGAGGCUCUAGAUUAUGCUAGGACUGUCUUCCCACCCUUUGGUGCCAAAUACAUGUCAGAAGUCCAGAAGCUCAUGGCCUGUCUUUUAUGGGCUGGAAAACUUGAUUCCUCACCAUACUCUGAUCUUCUGUCCCCUGUACAUUGGGACAAACUGGCAGAGGAGCUUACCCGCGAAUUCUGCAAUCUCAUAGGCCAAUCCUAUGAGAGUCCCUUGAGCGUGACAAUUGCAGCUGGAGUUCAGGGGCUGCCAACUCUUCUGAAGCUAGCAAAUCUGAUGACAAUGAAAAGGCAGGAAUGGCAAUCAAUGAAACAGUUGCCAGUUCCCGUCGACCUGGACAGAGAAUUCCAAUUUCAUUCCAUCUUCGUGUGUCCUGUGAGCCGGGAUCAGGCAACCGAUGACAACCCACCAAUGUUGUUGUCAUGUGGGCAUGUUCUUUGUAAGCAAUCCAUCGCAAAGCUAUCCAAGAACAACAGCGCACGGCCUUUCAAAUGCCCUUAUUGCCCAUCUGAGAUUGAAGCAGGUCAGUGUAGGCAAUUAUAUAUCUGAGGCUGGUUUGAUUAUGCAUCUUCAUUCCUCCUUUUCCAUGUCUCCUGUGAUGUUGUAUCCUUCACUUGGCCUUGAGCCUUGGCUGUGUUUCGUUGUGUACUUUUUGGUAAAUUUAAUUGUGUAUAUAUAUGCACUUUGCCGUUGUUUCCGUCUCAAAAAGUUUGUUCUUAUCAGCAGCCUA